AGCAGUUCCUGUCAAACCUCUCUCCAGGAGGUGACACUCUGCUGAUGGAGAGAAUCUGGCCUCCCCCAGAGGACCGGCUCUGUGAAGCAGCAACAGCUCCUUUAGAAGAGGACGAGGGGGAAGAAAAAAAACAACAAAGCACUGCACCACAGAAACCUCACAGUCAUUUUGUAAUCCUUCGGGAGGCAAUCUCUCUUGCACUCCACCCCACCACUGCUUACUCUCUGACUCUGCACUGUGGAGAGCGAGAGAGCGAAGGCUCUAUCUAUCUCAGCUUUCAUCUGGGCCAAGUGUCGCUAUGCAGCAACUGAACUCUGGUAGGUAAGUGACCUGACAACUGACCAGAAACACAAGCAGAAGGCAACUUGGCUUCCCCUGCUGUCUGUCAAAAUGCACACCAAAGGGAAUAAAGAGGCUUUCCCCUCACUCCCUCCUCCUCCCCCUCACCAGAUAGAGUCCAGCACCAACAUCAAAAGAGCUAUCUUGCUCUUACAAAAUAGUUUUUGCUAAUGCAAGCCUCCAGGAGUUUGGUAAUACAGCACUUGUCUGGUAUUAGAGUCAAAGAUUUGUAGCCAAGCAAAAACCCGAGACAAACAAAUGUGUGACAAACAGUACUAAACUCCCCUAAGGGGAAACCCUGUGCUGUGGUUGCAAAUGUCAUUAGAUCUUGUUGCCUAGCACCUCAACUAAUCUGUAUUUCUGUGUAAGACCCACCCUCCCCUGCAUGCAAACUACACAGGAGCACAGAGAGAGUUACUGAACCGAAGGAAGAGGACAGAGACGAAGUGAAGACGCUUAGUUUCGACAUAGCUGCCAAUCUAAUCCAGCCUUGCAGUUGGUAUCGACCUCUCAGCCUGCUGCGGUGUACCGUUCAAGCAUGUCUACAGAGUUGGAGCUGCCCUUCCGGCUGGACACGCAACUAACAGAGGUGAUGCGCCUGCGGGUUCAGUCUCUGCAGCAGCGAGGCCAGAAGAGGCAGGACGGUGAACGCCUGCUGCUGCCCAACGAGGCUGUGUACCGACUGGACUUCUCCAAACAGUCCCUCCGAUUCUCACGGUGGAUGGUGCAGCUGGCCCAGACGGGACGCCUCACCGUCACGGCCACCUCACAGCUCUGGACGCCUGACCUCACCAACCUGAUGACACGUCAGCUGCUGGAGCCCGUCGGGGUUUUCUGGAGGGUGCCGGGCGACGCCAGCGACGCGCCCAUCCAGUGCUACGAGGCUGACGCACACGAGUUUGGUGAGAGGAUCGCAGAGUUGGCUAAGGUAAGGAAGGUGAUGUACUUCCUAUUUGCAUUUGCAGACGGCUGCAGCCCUGAGACAGUCGACUGCUCCAUCGCCUUCACAGUGGACAGUUGAGACUUCAAGAAAUUGGACAUAGGUUACUUGCUACAAACUCCUCUUCUGUGCUUGUGUGCGUUUAGUUGAGGAAGCAAAGUUAAUUUUGGGCUAAACUUGCUUUUUUGCAUGGACGGAUCUGUCCUAAAAGCCUACACUAUUACAUCAUCUGACAACCUGUACAAAAGAUAUAACUUGCUUCUUUGUAUUCUAUGAUGUUAGUUAUAGCUAAAUACAAAUAAAGCGAAUAAAUCAAAAAGGUGUAUCUGCAUUUUUUUUAAACAAUGUCUGAACAUGAAUCGUUUUCUGGGCUUGUGUUGAGCAAAAGUGUU